CCCUAAUAAUGUUAGUUGGUUAUCUUCGAUUUUGACUUUGCAGGGCCUGAACAUGUGUAUAAAAUGGUUGGCGAUUGCAAAUUGAAAUUAUUCCUCGCGAUCAAGUUAACGAAUCGAAAUGGUACUCUUUUCUGUAUUUAUUUUUGUUCUGAAUUUCGUCCUGAAUUUAGUGCAAAGUUUAAAAGGGGGCAGUUAUGAAUUUGUAUUCGAUGAUCCAGACAUUUUUCGAAAAUGUUAUAAUCAACCCGAAAACGUUCUAAGUAUAGAAGACAUGUUUGAUUUGACAGAGAUUAGUAGAGUAAUGGAAGAUGAUGUUGUAAAUAUGUCGGGCAACUUUACGGUUGGCUACAAAUGGGAAAUCGAACCAACGGAUCGCAUUGAGAUCUACAUCUCUGCGUACCAUUGGGAAGUUGGCGAUUGGCAGCCAACAAUCUUUAACAUCAUCUAUCGAGAUCUUUGCGUAGCAAUGAAUGACCCAUCGAAUUACUGGUACUUAUACGUGACCCAGCAUAUCAUAAAUAAAGAUGUAAUGAAAGAAAAAUGUAUCCUUUAUCCAGGUACAAAAUAUUACUUUGAGCCCUAUGAUGUCCGUUUUAAUAUAAGCUCCACGGGACUGGCCUUCAAUGGUCGCUAUAAGGUCGAAUUUAAACUACAGGCCUAUGACCAAACAAACAAACUACGUCCGCAGUCGAUUUGCUUUAUAUGUACUGGUGAAUGUUCAAAAAAAUUUUCAUAUUCACGAACCGGCCCAUUAUUAACACAUUUAUGAACGUUCAAUAAAAAUGCAGUGUUCUCAGGGAUAAAUCCAGGAAUCUAGAACGGAAUUAUGUAAAUUUUAAUCAGUAGCAACUCCUUUGCUGUUGCGAAUAAUUUUUGUUGGGUUUGACUUAGUAUCGGCACUACCAUAAAAUAAAAUUUGCGUUAUUCCAG